GGAGUCUGUCAGGGAGGAGGAAGAGGCGGUGAAGGAGCUGAGCUGUCCCGGAGCCCAACUGAAACCCCUUUAAACAAACACGGCCUGACAGACACUUACACCGUAUAGCACACGGAUUGAAAUGCUGGUGUGUACAGUGCCGGGGCGGUGAUCCGGAAGCUUCUGUCUGUCAUUAGUCUCGCUGUGGUACAGGAGGCCGGGAGCCGGCUUAAAGGCCCAGGAUGGCGCAGUGCCUGCUCUCCGUGCAUGAGUUCCUCCAGGACUCCUUCAUCCCUCAGGUGGCUGCUAUGUGCAGCGAGGAAGCGGAUAAGCUGUCCAGGAAAAAUCAGCUGUCCUUCUGCGAGCUCGUCCGGCCUUUCUGCAGGCUCAGCACAGAGGUUCACAUGCGUGAUCCAAGCAACCAGCUUCAUGUCAUAAAAAACUUGAAGAUUGCAGUCAACAACAUCGUUACCCAAGUCCCCCAGCAGGCAGUGAUCCGCAAGCUUCUUAAUGACGUUGUCUCCGCUAGCCAGCCUGCAGAGGGUUUAGUACCGAAUGUGAUCACUGCUGGUGAUUAUGACCUUAAUAUCAGCGAUCGUUCACUUAAAGCUAGUGUCCCUUGGUACAAUAAUUGGAAAGACACAUUCACGGAACUCAACAAGUCCAAGUUUUAUUCAGCAACUACGGCAUGGUUUGAGUCUUAUCGAGAGACCUUUUUUCAGUGCAUGCCAGCAUCAGAUCACGAAUUCCUGAACCACUAUUUGGCGUGUAUGCUAGUAGUGUCUUCACAUGAACCGGAACCCGUGGAACAGUUUCUUAAGUUAUCACAAGAGCAGCAUCGAAUUCAGCACAGCAAUGAUUAUUCCUACCCUAAGUGGUUUACACCGAACACGCUCAAGUACUACGUUCUGUUGCAUGAUGUCAGCGGUGGAGAUGAGCAGAGGGCUGAUUCAAUUUACGAGGAUAUGAUUCAAAGAUAUGGGACUCAAGGCUGCUAUUUAUUAAAGAUCAAUUCUCGAACAUCCGGUGAAGUAGCCGAUGAGCAGAUUCCUGACCCUUGGAGUCAAUAUGUCCAGAAAAAUAGCAUCCAGAAUCAGGAGUCCUUUGAAGAUGGUACUUCUCCAGUUGUAUCAAACAAGAAUUUGGAACAUGUAAUAUCAGUGGAUGGCUUGGAGCACUCUAUGAAAGCAGAAGCUUUAUCAAAUAAUUUUAAAGCGCACCCCCUUCAGCUUGACCAGCUUAAUGACUUUAGUGGUUGUGAUGGUCUUGAUAAUAGUAAAUCUGUUGGCUUGGUCAAUGAGACGAAGAAGUCAGGUUGUGGCACACCACAUGGAACAUGUUUAACUCUGACUGACCACGAUCGCAUUAGGCAGUUCAUCCAGGAGUUCACAAUCCGAGGACUUUUACCACACAUAGAAAAAACAAUUCGCCAGCUAAACGAUCAGUUAAUAUCCAGAAAAGGACUGAGUCGGUCCUUGUUUUCUGCCACUAAAAAAUGGUUCAGUGGCAGUAAGGUGCCAGAGAAAAGCAUUGCUGAACUUAAAAAUACCUCAGGAUUGUUAUAUCCACCAGAGGCUCCAGAGCUUCAAAUUAGAAAAAUGGCAGAUUUGUGUUUUUUAGUCCAACAUUAUGAUCUGGCAUAUAGCUGCUAUCACACGGCCAAGAAGGAUUUCCUGAGUGACCAAGCAAUGCUUUAUGCAGCUGGCUCAUUGGAAAUGGCUGCGGUGUCAGCAUUUCUUCAGCCUGGUGCACCAAGACCCUAUCCUGCUCAUUAUAUGGACACUGCUAUCCAGACAUACAGAGAUAUAUGCAAGAACAUGGUUCUAGCAGAAAGGUGUGUCCUGCUCAGCUCUGAAAUUUUAAAAAGUCAGGCAAAAUACUCGGAUGCAGCUGCGUUAUUGAUACGUCUAACAAGCGAGGACUCAGAUCUUCGAAGCGCCCUUCUCUUAGAGCAAGCUGCUCACUGCUUUAUUAACAUGAAGAAUCCCAUGGUGAGGAAAUUUGCUUUCCACAUGAUACUUGCUGGCCAUCGAUUUAACAAAGCGGGACAGAAGAAACAUGCUUUACGCUGUUACUGCCAGUCCAUGCAGGUCUACAAGGGGAAAGGUUGGUCCCUAGCAGAAGAUCACAUUAACUUUACUAUUGGCCGGCAGUCGUAUACUCUCCAUCAGCUCGAAAAUGCGGCCUCUGCCUUCAGGCAUAUUUUAAUUAACGACAGCAAGCAACCUGCAUCACAGCAAGGAGCCUUUCUUCGGGAGUACCUGUAUGUCUAUAAGAAUGUAUGUCCACAAUCUCCUGAGAGCCCUUUACCUCAGCUCCCUUUGCCAUAUAUCAAUAGCUCAGCUACUCGAGUCUUCUUUGGGCAUGAUAGGCGGCCAGCUGAAGGUGAGAAGCAAGCUGCCACGCAUGUAAGCCUUGACCAAGAAUAUGAUGGGGAAUCAUCACAACAAUGGAAGGAGUUGGAGGAACUUGUCGUAUCUGUAGUUAAUAGAGGAGUCCUGCCUCCGAAUUUUCAAACAACGCAGUAUUGUUUAGGUAGCAACUCUGACAACUCCAAAUUUCCUCUAGCUGUUGUACAAGAGCCAAUAACUGUGGAGGUGUCCUUCAAGAAUCCUCUUAAGGUUCCACUUUUGUUAACCGAUUUAUCUCUGUUGUGGAAAUUCCAGCCAAGCGAGAUUAUCCAAAAUUCUGUUGGAGAACCAAAAGAACCCAUCACCAAUGAUUUGAGCACAAAGGGAAAAUGUGUCAGUGAUGUCAUUGGAACUGAAGAAAUAAGUGAAUUUUUAAUUAACAGUGAAGAAACAAAAAUUGCAAGACUGAAAUUAUUUCCCUUCCAAAGUGGGGAGUUGCAUAUUCUGGGAAUUGUCUAUAAUCUUAGCACUACUCCGUAUAUUGGCACCGUGGAUGGACCGGCCAGCAGUUUACCAGCGGGUAAAUUUACAUCAAAUGGAGUUUCAGUUAGAGGUCGGCAGGAUCUGGAAAUACAAGGUCCUCGACUGAAUAGUACAAAAGAGGAAAAAACAUCUAUUCAGUAUGGACCUGAUCGUCGACUGGAUCCAAUAAUUGUCCCACAGAUGCCUUUGUUGGAGGUGUACUUUAUUAACUUUCCAACUGGAUUGCUUUGUGGAGAAAUCAGAAAAGCCCACGUUGAAUUUGUAAAUGUGAGCAAUUGUCCUCUAACGGGACUAAGGGUUGUUUCCAAAAGACCUGAGUUUUUUACGUUUGGCAGCAAUACGGCCGCACUGACUCCACUAAGUCCAGCAGCUUCGAUGAACUGCAGUGCUUAUAAGACUGUUGUUACCGAUUCUACCUCUGGCUGCACAAUGUUAACCUCAUCUGCUGCUCCAGUAGACUUUGGUGUUGGUGGUGAAAGCCAACCGGAGGUAAUUGAUAUUCCUCUAACAGACUCGGUCCUUGCCCCUGGUGCAUCAGUCCAACUUCCUUUGUGGUUACGUGGUCCGGAUGAAGAGGGAGUUCAUGAGAUCAAUUUUGUGUUCUAUUACGAAAGCUUAGAAAAACAGUUGAGAAUGCGACAUAGGGUCCUAAGACACACCGCAGUGAUAUGUACAAGUAAGUCGCUGAAUGUCCGGGCCUCUGUCUCCAGAAGUAAUACGCUGGAGGAUGAAGAAAGCAAAGGUGGAAAUAUGCUUGUGUUUGUGGAUGUGGAAAACAUGAACACAAGCGAGGCAGGUGUGAAAGAAUUUCAUAUUGUUCAAGUAUCCAGUAGCAGCAAGAACUGGAAGCUGCAGAAGUCUGUGAAUCCCACUAAAAAUAAAGAUACUAAACUAACCAGCAGAGAGAGGGUCAAAAUGUGUUUCAAAGCAGUGCGAUGCAAAUCUUCUCUAGAUGCUGAACCGUCAUCAGAAAGAUACACAUUUGGUGACAUCAUUUUGGGAAAUGAACAGAUAAUAAGCUCGACCACUCCAUGCGCGGACUUUUUCUUUCGAAGUUCGCUAUCCACGCAGUGUAAGAAAAGUCCGCCGGCAGCCACAGCGGCAUCUGGGAAGUCAACACACGAUGAGGCUGUUCGUUUAAUACAGAAGUGCAGUGAAGUUAACCUAAAUAUCAUUGUAUUGUGGAAGGCAUAUGUUGUUGAAGAUAACAAGCAGCUGAUUUUGGAAGGCCAGCAUCAUGUGACACUUCACACAGUUGGGAUGGAGGCUCUGUCUUCUCCCCAAAAGCAGGAGCAACCAGAAAUGGUUCUGUUGAAGUUUAACAGGCCAGAAAGUACUGCUGUAACCACGAAGCCGUCCACAGAACAGCUCUCAAAUCUAAUUAAAACCAGCCUUCACUACCCAGAAUCUUUUAGUCAUCCAUUCCAUCAGAAAAGCCUUUGUAUAGUUCCAGUUACUCUUGUGCUCUCCAAUAGUUCUCAGGCAGAUGUUGAUGUAAUAGUUGAUCUCAGGCAUAAGACAACAAGCCCUGAAUCCCUAGAAAUCCAUGGUUCCUUCACUUGGCUUGGGCAAACCCAGUAUAAAAGUCAGCUGAAAAGCCAUCAAGUCUUCAGUCUGCAGCUACAGGCUUGUUUCAUUCAUACAGGAAUCUACAACCUCGGGACUCCUAGGGUGUUUGCCAAGCUUGCGAACCAAGUCACUCUGUUUGAAACCAAUCAGCAGAGCUCCAUGCCAGCACUGAUUGUUAUUAAUAAUGCUUGAAUGCUUUUUCUCUUAAAAUUCAACUUAAAGGAAUGGAUCUGAAUUGUGUGUUUUAAUAAUACAUUGUUACUUUCAGAUAAUAGAGAAGAAAAAUACAUGUUUCUUCUUGGUGUCUUAUGUGCAAGAAAUCCUUUAGCAACCAGUGGUAAACAUUACAAUUGUUUGACCUUUAUUCGUCGUCAUCAAGCAAAUCUGUUUUUUUUUCCCUCUCUAAGGAAAUCUAUAUUUCCUGCACAUGUAAUGCAGAUAUUAAAUGUCCUUGUUGGGCACUUACCUUUCAGGUAUAUUGAACGUGGUUUGAACAGUUUAACGUGUUUAAAGGAAUUUUGUUAUCCUGGACUCCCGUUUUGAAAGGUGUUACUGUCAUUUGCACUUCUUAGAUUUCACAUUCGUUUCAGACCUAGCUACACAUUUGUUUGAGGGUGGCGAAAUAUUUAAAACACACAGUUGUGUCCAUAUAGAAACUUAAAAUCCAAUAGUUUUGCUUCCCGUUUUGUUAACAUUUUGAUUCAUCUCAGUACUGAAUGCACUAUUUCACAACCAUUACAUUGUUAUCUAAAUAGCGUUAUUCACUUUAUUACAUUUAACUAUUGAGUUGAUCGCCUCGGUAUAAUAAAGUAUGCUUUUCAAUAAAUGAUGUACUAUAUUUAUAACAAAUGCAUUGUAAAUAGAAUAAAACAUACAUCAUAUUUGCUGUUCAAAGACUUUUCUUGCAUAUAAUGGGCUGUAUCCAAUGGCCGUAAUAUAUAUACUACUUGUUGCAUAAUUAUGUUAACAAUAUAUAAUGUACAUAAGACAUUAAAAGUUUUAACAAGUCUGUGAGUAAACAAAUGUAAUAUUUUUUACUA